GUGGAUCCACCGGAGAAACCCCUGAACCCUUCAGAUGAUCAUGAGAGUCCUGAGCGCUUUGCUCCUCAUCAGUGCUGUUGCAGCGCCUGUGAGAGGAGAUGCAAACUUCACAGCAGAGACUCCAGUAAAGACUGUGCUGAAGUCCAGCUUCCAUCUGUAUUACGAGGGGAGCGUGUUUGAGGAGACCUGCGCCGUGGUCCCAUUCAGGUCCGAAACCCUCCACAGAUGUGCCUACAACCGAAGUGACCCGCUGGUGCUGAUUAUACAUGGCUGGACGAUGAAUGGACUCAUGGAGCCCUGGAUCUUCAGUCUGGCUUCUGCGCUGAAGGUCCGGCUGGGGCGGGUCAACGUGCUCAUCAGCGACUGGAGGAAGCUGGCACUUCAGCCGUAUCCAAUCGCAGCCAAGAACAGCAGACAGGUGGGGAGGGACGUGGCCAGGCUGCUCAAAUGGCUGGAGGAAGUGGCGCAGCUCUCCAUGGAUGAUAUCCAUCUGAUUGGCUACAGUCUGGGAGCGCAUGUGGCCGGAUUCGCAGGAAGUCAUUUCAGAGGACUGAGGAAAGUGGGCCGCAUUACUGGUCUGGAUCCGGCCGGGCCGCACUUCGAAGGUCAGCCGGCAUUUGACAGACUGUCUCCGGACGACGCUCAGUUUGUGGACGCCAUCCACACCUUCACCGGCUCCAGCAUCAUGCCGGGAGUGGGAAUAAAGCAGAGCGUCGCUCACGUGGACUUCUACCCCAACGGAGGCUCCUUUCAGCCCGGCUGCAAGAUGCUCGACAUUUACAGCAACGUCUUCCAGUACGGCCUGCAAGGUGUUCCCAAGACCAUUAAAUGCGCCCAUGAGCGCGCCGUCAAACUCUUCACAGACUCCCUCAUCAAUGCCAGCCAGCCCAUAAUAGGCUUCCGUUGCCGUGAUGACAGCACCUUCAACAAAGGCCUGUGUCUGGACUGCAAACAGAUGCGCUGCAACAUGCUGGGCUUCGACGUGCGGCGCGAACGCGCGGGGAGGAGCGCUAAAGGCCUGUACCUCAGGACCGGCCCGCAGGCGCCCUAUAGAGUCUUUCACUACCAGAUCAAAGUCCUGCUGAAGAACCUGAUCGAGCCUGUCGAGGCCUCGCUGUCCGUCUCACUCAACGGGACCGGAGGAGAGAGCCCACAACUACCCAUAAUCCUGCAUCAGGAGAGCGGCGGUCUGAAGUCCUUCACGUCUCUACUGGUGGUAUCGUCUGAUCUGGGCCGGCUCAGCUCCGUCAGGCUGGUCUGGAAGGGUGAACUGGUCUGGUCCAGCUGGAUGAGGCGCGUCAGGAACAUCAUGAUCAAUGGCUCUGAUCAGGACGUGGAGCUCAGCGUGUGGAGGAUCCUCAUCAAAUCGGGAGAGACUCAGGAGAAGUGGUGGUUCUGCGGCGUCUCCGCUGAAGUCUCUCAUCUGAGGAUCUCGGAGCAGCAGGAGUUCAGACGCUGCCGGAUCACAAACUCGAGCGUGCACAGCAGCCCUCCAACCCAGUCUGUUUAUUAAUGCAGUUCAAGUACUCCAAAAAAAAUACAUCUCUUUGCACAAUACGUUCUGAAAUGUUACGUAAAAAUGUUCAAAGUGAACAAAAAUUUAGGUACUGUAUAAAACACAGUGAACAUUAACAGACAGCAGUAUUAAUUUUUUUUUUAAAUCUGGUCUUUCAUUCGUUUCUCAAUUUUAGUGUUCAGCCUAUUUUCUCCUACAACAUCUGGACUCAGUUAAGAAGUUUUUUCAGUGCACUUUUCCUCUAUGAAGUUUCACCAAGACUACCUAAAAAUGAAAUGAAGUCAAAAUACAGGCAAAUAUUCAGAUCUCCCUUGAUCCUGACUGCCGCAAAACCACCGAACCAGGUUUCUUCCUCACUGAUGGCAGUACGGUAAAGAAGAGUCGGUCUGGACUCCACAAACACA